CUUGUUUUGUUCUUUUUAGGUAUAGGUUUAGCCUUCAAUCUGCAACCGGCCUUAACAAUAAUUGGAAAAUACUUCUAUAAGAAACGACCCAUGGCGAAUGGAUUGGCCAUGGCGGGAAGUCCUGUCUUCUUAAGUACAUUGGCCCCUUUCAAUCAGUUUCUUUUUAAUAAUUAUGGCUGGAAAGGAAGCUUCUUGAUUUUGGGAGCAAUAUUUUUGCAUGCCUGUGUGGCUGGGUCCCUCAUGCGACCCAUUGGACCCAAACAAACUAAAAGCAAGUCUAAAAAUAAGACUGACAUGAGAGUGGAUGAAUCAGGUGUGAAAGAAAGCCGUGAGAGGAAAUCAAUUUGGGAAAGAAUAAACAAAUAUUUAGAUUUCUCCCUUUUUAAGCAUAGGGGCUUUCUUAUAUACCUGUCUGGCAACGUUAUUAUGUUUCUAGGAUUUUUUGCCCCCAUUAUAUUCUUGGCUCCAUAUGCUAAGGACAAGGGAAUUGAUGAGUAUUCUGCAGCUCUUUUGCUGUCUGUUAUGGCUUUUACUGAUAUGUUUGCUAGGCCUUCUGUAGGAUUAAUUGCAAACUCUAAACUUAUCCGACCCCGAAUCCAGUACUUCUUCAGUUUUGCAAUCAUGUUCAACGGAAUCUGUCAUCUUCUGUGCCCACUGGCAGAAGACUACACAAGCCUGGUGGUGUAUGCUAUAUUCUUUGGCCUUGGAUUUGGGAGCGUUAGCGCUGUCCUCUUUGAAACUCUCAUGGACCUUGUUGGUGCUGUGAGGUUUUCCAGUGCUGUGGGACUCGUCACAGUUGUGGAGUGUUGCCCCGUUCUACUUGGCCCUCCUCUUGCUGGUAAACUGGUGGAUAAAACUCGAGAAUACAAAUACAUGUAUAUGGCCUGUGGAGCUAUCGUGGUCUUCUCAAGCAUAUGGUUGCUCAUUGGCAAUGCUAUAAACUAUAGAUUGCUUGACAAGGAAAAGAAGUUGGAAGAAGCAAGGAAGAAGCAAAUACAUACAACUGAGUCCAAAGAAUCUGAACCCUUGAACAAAUUGAAUUCUCCUGACGUUAAUGUCAAAAUUUCGGAAGCACAGGCUACUGCCUCAGAAAGAGAAACUAACAUUUAACAAGAAUUAAACAUCUCUGAAUUCAGUGAUGAUUCUUAGGAGUAUUUUUUUUCAAAAUAUGGAAAGGUUGUUUUUUAGUUGAAAUGAGGAGUUCCAAUUAAGGAAGUAGAUGAAAUGUUCUACAAUAGCAAAUUUUACAUGUAUUUAUUAUUUAAGAUGUAUUUACUUGGGCAGAUAAGUUUUGAGAUUAUGCAUGUAAGGAAUCCAUGCAAUGAACUUAACUUCCAUACAUGACUCUGGGUGUUAUGGUUAAAAUACUAAUUUUAAAGUCUUCCAGUGACAGAUAGUCUUGGUCAUAGGUAGAGAGAUCUGAAUCUAAAACCUCUGAUUUAAGUAGUUACCUAGUUGGAGACAAGAAGUUUAAUUCCAUAAGAUGAUUCUCUCUACGUUUCAUUUUUUAUUUGGUAUUAAAGUAUAUACUCAAAUUGUGCAUACAUGCACACAGAGUAUCUGGAGAACAAAAGACAAGUAUGUCCAAAAAGAAUAUUUUCAUGGUAAUUUUUUUUAAGUAAAAAAAAAUCCCUGGCAACUAAAGAAAUGUAUUGUAUCUGCCGAUUACUUUACAAUGUGGGGUUUAAAGAUAAGUACAUGGGUGAAAAUGAGGGUAGUCUUAAUUAGAAAAUGCAGUUGACUAAGUGUUGGCACAUAUAAAACAAAUUUGAUAGAGAACAGAGGAGGGAAAAAAAACCUCCAUUUUAAACCAUUGUUUCUGAGUACUAUUAGCUUGAUUAAUCUGUGCACAGGAUUUUCUUUGAGGGGUAUCGUUAGUACCUGGAGCUAGUGCACAGAACUCUCAAAUAAUUUAAGGAAUCUUAUCUAAUAUGUAAAUCGAACUAAAAGCCUAAAUGACUCCUAGUAAUGAGCUGUGUCCAUCGAUUUUAAAACAAAUUUAGUUUGUAAUCCAGAAGGAAACAAUUGGGAAUUUCUUUUAAUCAGACCUCCAUCCAGACUCAAUGUCCUACUGAAACAUUAAAGUGGAAUAAACCAGAAUCCUGGUUUACAUGUAUACAAAUAGACUGAAUUCUAAUUUUUCCAACGCAUGAGGUGAUCAAGAGGGUUACUGUUAUGAGUAAUCCAUCUGAGUAAAGCUGAUUAAUACUGGGAGUUACUUUUAAUGAUCUCUGCAAGCUCUGUCAGCUCCCUCCCCUCCACAGAAUGCAAAAGCAAAAAACAAACCACAAACAGGCCUUUUAUUCAAGCACUAAUAAUGCCUCAUAUUAUAGGAAUGGUAGCACGUGAAAAUUCUGCCCUCUACUGAUUAAACUUUCUGCUGCCUGUGAGUAUCUGAACUAGCGAGCUGUUAAAGAAGGCGUUUAGCCAUGU